AUGAGCAUGGAGAUGGUGAAUAUUGUAGCAGACAAGGCCUCCCAGUGGUGGAAUGGUGUCAGUCUGGAAGGAGUUAGAGAAGGAGAACCAAGAGUUCUUCGAGACAUACACGAGAAGCAGAGCACAGAGAGUCUCGAACGGAGAUGCAAGGCAAAGGAUCCUGAACAUGGUCUCAGGUUCUUCCAAGGAACAAGUUUAGGUUUGAGACGCGGUCGAGAUGUAGAAGUUGAAAUCACCACUCUACAGUGA